ACAGUGAAUAUUUAUUUGGUCCACAACUGGGGACAGUAGAAAGGACACCAGCUUGGAAUCAGUUCGGACCUGUGUCUGCUGCACAGCUGAAUCCCUGGGAAAGUAAGUUAUUUAAUCUUUCUGAGUCUGAAUUUUUUCACCUGGCAUAUGGCAAUGAAAAUACAUACAUCUCAGAUCUACUAUGAGGACUAACAAAGCUCUUUUAGUGUAGCAUGGCAGAAAGAACAAUGCCUAUGCCCACACAAAUACCUGCUGAUGGAGAUACACAAAAAGAAAAUAAUAUUCGUUGUUUAACUACGAUCGGACAUUUUGGUUUUGAAUGUUUGCCCAAUCAGUUGGUGAGCAGAUCUAUCCGACAAGGAUUCACUUUUAAUAUUCUCUGUGUGGGGGAAACUGGAAUUGGAAAAUCGACACUGAUAGACACAUUGUUUAAUACUAACUUGAAAGAUAACAAAUCCUCACAUUUUUACUCAAAUGUUGGACUUCAAAUUCAGACAUAUGAACUUCAGGAAAGCAAUGUUCAGUUGAAAUUGACUGUUGUGGAGACAGUAGGGUAUGGUGAUCAAAUAGACAAAGAAGCCAGCUACCAACCAAUAGUUGACUACAUAGAUGCCCAAUUUGAGGCCUAUCUUCAAGAAGAACUGAAGAUUAAACGUUCCUUGUUUGAGUACCAUGAUUCUCGCGUCCACGUGUGUCUUUACUUCAUUUCACCUACAGGACAUUCCCUGAAGUCUCUUGAUCUAUUAACAAUGAAGAAUCUUGACAGUAAGGUGAAUAUUAUACCACUGAUUGCCAAAGCAGACACAAUUUCUAAAAAUGAUUUACAGACGUUUAAGAGUAAGAUAAUGAGUGAAUUGAUUAGCAAUGGCAUCCAGAUAUAUCAGCUCCCAACAGAUGAAGAAACUGCUGCUCAAGCGAACUCCUCAGUUAGUGGGCUGUUACCCUUUGCUGUGGUAGGGAGUACAGAUGAAGUGAAAGUUGGAAAAAGGUUGGUCAGAGGCCGUCACUACCCUUGGGGAGUUUUGCAAGUGGAAAAUGAAAAUCACUGUGACUUCGUUAAGCUCCGAGAUAUGCUUCUUUGUACCAAUAUGGAAAAUCUAAAAGAAAAAACCCACACUCAGCACUAUGAAUGUUAUAGGUACCAAAAACUGCAGAAAAUGGGCUUUACAGAUGUAGGCCCAAACAACCAGCCAGUUAGUUUUCAAGAAAUCUUUGAAGCCAAAAGACAAGAGUUCUAUGAUCAAUGUCAGAGGGAAGAAGAAGAGUUGAAACAGAGAUUUAUGCAGCGAGUCAAGGAGAAAGAAGCAACAUUUAAAGAAGCUGAAAAAGAGCUGCAGGACAAGUUCGAGCAUCUUAAAAUGAUUCAACAAGAGGAGAUAAGGAAGCUCGAGGAAGAGAAGAAACAACUGGAAGGAGAAAUCAUAGAUUUUUAUAAAAUGAAAGCUGCCUCCGAAGCACUGCAGACUCAGCUGAGCACCGAUACAAAGAAAGACAAACAUCCAAGAAGGCCCUCAGCAGAUGUAGCCCCUCUACUUGGACUUCAUCAACCUCCAGAACCCUGAACCAAAUAAAUUUCUGUUCAUUAUAAAUUACCUGUUAUAGCAGCACAGAAUGGAUGAAGACAAGUGCCUCUGAAUGACUUACCCUAGAGAGAAGAAACUGGUUAAAAAUGCAAAUUUUUGAGUGUCUCCCAGAGCUCUGAAUCUAAAUCUCUGGAUGUCUAAAUCUCUGGAUAUCUAAUUUUUAACAACUUUCCUGGUGAUUCUUAAGCACAUUAAAAUUUGAGAACUGCU